AUACUAUCUGUUAAUUUGCAUGUCGUUACUGUGGCUUGGUGGUUUGGGUUCGUUUUCCUCAGUCAUGUUUCAAACACACUGUUUCUCGAUUAGAUGUUUUCCUGCUGAUCCCUAGGCCUAAGACAGAGAGGCACAAGCACAUUAACUAAAACAAACAGGCGCAGGGUAUCUCCGGUCUGGGCCAGCUCCUCCCACACCAGCAACCUCCAGGGAAGCGGUUCUACCGUGACAGACUAACAGGCAGAGCGCCCGAGAGUAAAAAGCGAGACGCUUGGCGAGGACGCCUGAAGUGAUGGAUACUACUAACUAGGAUUACUAAAGCUUACGUGCUCUUCUGGCCAGACUAGUGCUCCUGGGGAUUUGCCAUGGAGAAGCGGUGCAGUACGGACAGGCAAGGGAAACACCAGCCACUCUGGUUAGAAGCUUACUCAGAGAAGAAAGGCAAGACCAGCUGUUUCCAGUCCAAGAACCCAGACGAAGAGGCUUGUGUCGGGGUGAAGAUUGAACACGCUGAAGCUUUAAGCAGCAGUCCCUCUGAACACGCCAGCAGCCCCCCCAGUGUGAGGGUUAGUUGGAAACUUCCGGGUGGGAAGAAUCCCAUUGAGAAGAGGAGGGGGAGUGUCAAUGGAAGAGGCUCGGCCAGCAGGCCCUUACCACAGUCCAAACCACAAGUGCCUCCAAAGCCACAGCACCUCCAGAACUUGAUGUCGGAGCCCGCCCGCCCCCAACGGACGCUGGGGUGCGUGGAGAGAGCACUCCUCAGAGCCACUAUGGAUGAAGGAGGUGGGGCAGUGACAGGGAGGGGCCGGGAGAAACCCUCCAAAGUGUUGGACCUCAUCAACCGCUUUGAGGAGAACAGCCAGUCGGAAACCAAGAGGGAGGGCUCUCCACUCAAGCAGCUCAGCAAGUCACCCCUCAGUAGCCCGGCUCAUCGGAGCUACCCGAGACAGUCCGAGUCCAAACCAGAGUACAACGACGUCAAUUCCUUAGGUUCACCCCCGGAACCCCAGUGGGAUGCCCACAGAGCGGGAUCUAACGGGGUGCUAGCCCAGAUGGACGGGGACCUGGAGUCUGAGUCCCUGAGUACGGACACUGACCUGGUGAAUGGGGAAAUGGGGGAUGGGAGCGCGGAGCAAAGUGGGGAUCACUCACCUCCAAAUACAGAAAACCACAGUGAUACUGAGACAGAGAGCCGGACUGAGCCGGAUCCUGUGACUGGGGGCUGUACUGGGGAGGACGGUGGACCUUCAGUAGAACCCCAACAGGAACAAUGCAGGGAGGAGGAGAUUGAAGAGCAGAAAGUUCCGGAGACCAAGGAACAGAAGCUUUAUAAGAUUGCCACUGAGCUCUUAAUGACAGAGAGGGCCUAUGUCAAUCGGCUCAAACUGCUGGACGAGGUGUUCUGUGGCAAUCUCAUGGAGGAAGCACUGAAGGGCACGUUCCCGGUAGAUGUGGUAAAGAACAUCUUCUCCAACAUCUCCUCAAUCAACACCUUCCACAGCCAGUUCCUGCUGCCUGACCUGGAGAAACGCAUGGGAGAAUGGGAGUCCACCCCCCGUUUGGGGGACAUUUUACAAAAGCUUACACCCUUCCUGAAGAUGUACGCAGAAUACAUCAAGAACUUUGACAAGGCCAUGGACCUGCUGAAACAGUGGACGGACCGCUCACCACAGUUCAAAGCCAUCAUCCAUGAAAUACAGAGUCAGGAGGCUUGUGGCUGCCUGACUCUGCAGCACCACAUGCUGGAGCCAGUACAGAGAGUUCCCCGCUACGAGAUGCUGCUCAAAGACUACCUGAAGAAACUGCCUCAGGAGGACCCCGACCGGAGAGAUGCCGAGAAGUCACUGGACAUCAUUGCCAUGGCAGCCACACACUCCAACUCUGCCAUUCGAAAAUCAGAGAACCUGAAGAAGCUGCUGGAGAUCUAUGAGAUGUUGGGGGAGGAGGAGGACAUUGUCAAUGCUGCCAAUGAGUUCAUCAAGGAGGGACACAUCCUGAAGCUGGCUGCCAGGAACACCUCGGCCAUGGAGAGAUACCUCUUCCUGUUCAACAACAUGCUGUUGUACUGUGUGCCCAAGUUCAGCCUCGGAGGGCCCAAGUACACAGUUCGUACCCGGAUUGGCAUCGAUGGCAUGAAGGUGCUGGGAACUACGAAUGAGGACUACCCCCACACCUUCCAGGUGUCUGGCAAGGAGAGGACUCUGGAGCUGCAGGCCAGUUCUGAACACGACAAAGACAGUUGGAUAAAGGCCUUUAAGGAGACCAUUGAGAUUUUCCAUCAGAAGAAUGAAACGUUCAAGUUAGCCUCCAAAGACGUGGAGGAAGUGUCUACCGCCGAGUUAGGAAAGCGCGCCCCUCGAUGGAUUCGGGACAACGAGGUUACAAUGUGCAUGAAGUGUAAAGAGCCCUUCAAUGCUCUGACAAGGCGGAGACACCACUGUCGAGCUUGUGGCUAUGUUGUGUGUUGGAAGUGCUCAGACAAUAAGGUGGCCCUGGAAUAUGACAACAACAAGAUGAAUAAGGUGUGUAAGGACUGCUACUCCAUCCUGACCGGAGAGGAGAAGGCUGAGGGCAAGAAAAAGGGCAUUCUGGAGAUUGAGGCAGCCCAGUUCUGUGGCAGCAGCAUCAUGUGUGGCUUCCUGCAGCACUGUGAGAAGAACAAGCCCUGGGGGAAGGUGUGGUGUGUCAUCCCUGAGAAGGAGGCGUUGGUGCUCUACCUCUACGGAGCGCCACAGGACGUCAAGGCCCAGUCCAGCAUCCCCCUGCUGGGCUACUCCGUUGAGGACAGCGUCCGGGCCGCAGACCCUCCCGCCAGUUUCCGUCUGUCCCAGUCCAAGUCCGUCCACAGCUUCGCGGCCGAGAGUGACGAGCUGAAGCAGCGAUGGCUCCGGGUGAUCCGUGUGGCGGUGACUGGGGAGGUCCCGGAGCGCCCACAACCCAGCGAUGCCACGGACAGCGCCCACGAGACCAGCUCAGACAGCGCCUAGGCGGGAGGUGUCGCGUGAAACUGCCCCGAGGACCAGCAGAGACUGAUCAGCACCCACGGACACUCCCGUGCUGCCCUCAAAGACACAAGGGCAGUGUGGAACCUCAGUGCUGGAUAAGCUGCCCUUUCCUUCCAAUCCCUCCUUCUCUUCUGAAUGGAUUGUAACGAUCGUUAGCCAUUGCAUGGCUUGGCCCCACCACUAGAGCUGUGCUGGAGUGUGAAGAACACGAUCCAUCCCAGUCUCCACUGGAGCAGGCGCCUUAGGAUAUUCUCUGCUACUCCCAGACAGACUGGCAUUAUUCAGGGCUACCUGAAUUUUUACACCUCAGAGGACCCCCAAGUUCCUCAUUCCUCACUGGGGGGGGGGGGCCUGCAGCUUCUCCGAUGUGGUUUUUCGUGUGAAUCACGAUGACUGGCUGGAUUACAAGGUCUGUUCCUGGGUUGGGGUCAAUUCUGUUACCAGUCAGUUCCGGAAAAGCAUAGAUCUGUAUUUUCUACAUCGACCAGAAUUUUUAUGGAAUUUUGUGCCCCAACCCGGGUCUACACUAUGAAUCAACUUUAGGACCUGUAUAUAGUGCUACUCAGUUUUCCCUGACAAGAACAGAUUUGUUGAGUACAACAGGGGUCAGCAAUAAGUGGGUCAAAGGUGCCCUGCAAUCAAAACUGGCCUCCAGAAGGGACAUAAAUUAUUACAUUACUGUUUUCUUCAGUCGCCAGUAAUUCACUAAAGCUUUUAUUUAGUUUGUGAAGUCUGGAGGAGAUCUGUUGCAUUUAUGUACAGAGCACUUGUGUUCCAUAUGUUUUCUGAUCAUAGCUGUUGACGCUGCACAACAGGCAGGCAGGUCAAAAUUAGCCCAUUAGGGAUUAUAAUUUUGUGGGCUACCUGAGGUAAAAUAUUUUAAGGAUUUCAGUUUUUUAAGACUGAACCAAGACUUCUGCUAAAAAUGUGUUUCAUUUAGGAGACAUGUUAAGAGAUAUUGUGUGAUCAUAUAUCAAUGUAAUCAAGUUAUAAAAUUGUCCUUCAUUACUACAACCUUACAUUUUGGGGGGCUUAGAUGCGGUCAAAUUAUAGUAAACAAAUUCCUAUUUAAUUAUUAUGAAUGUGUUCUGGCCCCGUGAGCAUCCGCUCCAAUCAACAGUCCCACGGCUGAAUUUAGUGGCCUACCUCUGCUGUAAGAUGUGUACACCAAAGCAGUGUUCAGUGUUUUCAAUCUUUUCACAUGCCUUGUCCUAUGAAAGCAUUACUGAGGAAGGUCUCAGUCUUCACUUCUCCUAUUAUAUUGUUUCACAUCACAGUGACCAAGAGUCCUCAAGCACAUGGGUGAAGGUCCCAGAAUGACUUUAACAAUUAGCCAGAAAAGCAAUUCAGAGGAUCACUCUACAUAAUUUCAUUGCUGUAACCCUAUAAGCUAAUGGAAAUAUUGCUGAAGCAUGGAAAACUCCUAAACUAACAGGCUUCAAACUGACCAGGCUGGGGGAUGAUGGCCUCUUCAGCCAGGCUUGGCAUUAUGGUAAUCCGCUGCACUCCUCACAAGCUAAAUGAACUUUUUUUUGUCUAGGAACUCAGAGGAAAAUGUCGCAAAGCGACCUGUUAAGCAACCACAUGUUGUAUAAGGGUCAGACUUUACAAUUGCUGUAAUUGACAAUGUGCGUCCUUUCGGGAAGCCUUUAUACUCUAAUCAUUCAUAGAAGGGGUCAACAACUGGCUGCAGCAAGUGGGUUUGUCUAAAGUAUGAUUUAUUUGGGGUGGUGCGGGGGGGGGGGGUCACCAGACAUUCAGCUGAAAAUCUUUUAUUUUAGGAAAACAGUUUUCUGACCCAAAAUAGAAUGUGAUUGUGUCAAUGUUAUGAAGGUGUGUAACUUUUGUUAUUUUCAAAUUCAAUCGCUUUGUGGGUUUUGUUGUUGACAAUUUACAUUAUAAAUAUUUUAUUUUUUUAUUUUAGAAUGUUCCUGCCUCCACGACUAUCCAAUUAGAUGUGUACAUAUUUUAUUUAAUAUUUUAAUUAUGUUCCAGGCUCCUCAACUAUCCAGCGGACGAAAGUCCCUCAGCAGAAUCUAUUUGCCAACUCUUGCUUCAUAGUAAUGAAUAGAUACAGCCAGCCACUCAGCUAGUGAUGAACCAAUCCCACAGACCGUCUGUAGAUAUGUAUAGACUGAUGCGUCAAGAUUCAUUUGAAUAUAGAAGAUACAUACAGUGCAUUUAUAUAAAUUGGGUUUUUCCACAUACUGACCAACAAGGAAGAAAGUAAGCUACCAAAACUCAGAACCUGUGUUUUUAUAUAGGUCACCACUCCACUAAGCACUGCUGAGGUAAACAUGAAAACCAUGCAGGGAAAGAAAUGUAAUUCUUUUUUUUCAUUUUUUUUAAUGAUGUAAUUAAUUGUAUUAUUUAAGUAAUUUAUAGAAUAUGUGCAUGUUGAUUUGAAAGAAAAGUAGCACAAAGGUAAUAUCCAUGAAAUCCCUAUUCAGGAAUGUUUUGUCCCUCCAUGCAGCCUGUAGUUGUCCUUUAGCCUAACUGCUAAUCAGUCCAGUAACUUGGCUUUCCACAAUCUGACAACAAGCCCUGUGUGUUACUAUGGGCUUAGCAAGAUUCAUGAGAGAUUAUUGGAAACAUGACAAAAGGGUAGAUGUAGUGUGGGCAGAAAACAUGCAUUUGCCUGCUUUAGAUCAUACAAUUGUAUUGAGCUUAAUCUGGACAUAUUGUGACCAGUUAACACACCAACUUCAGCUUUCUUCCUGGACUAGGCUUGCUGGCUGCCUGUCUUGUCAUUACAUCCAAUUAAGUCCUACAAAGACAAUAGAAAAAAGACAUCCCACUACCUGAUUGUCCCCAGUAAAGACCACUGGUUUACGUAUUGUCCUUACCUCUCAAAGGGAGUGCCUCAGGGCGAGAAAUCUAACUGGCUAAUUAUUUCCGGCGGGUGGAGCCAGGGGUUGAUAAACUGGGCCUGUAUCCUCCAAGCAUCUGAUGUGCCUAUUACCAAUGUUCAUAUGUUCUACAGUCCCAAACACAGUGGUUCAAUGACACAGUGUUGAUUUCACAGAAAAUGCAGAAGAGCUAUUGUGUCUCACAAGAUCUGAACUGAAAACUAGAUUUUGUAUGUUUGCUCAUCCCCCCUCUCACCCCGAGGUUUGAGAAUUGACGCACUUUACUGUCUCAUAAAGUGUACCGUGUAAGAAAAUAAAGCAAGAUUAAGUAUUACUAAA